AUGGACAGUGUUGAUUUAGGGGUAAGCUAUGAAAAUGUGGUACUAGGGGAGAAUGCGGAACUGGAUGAACAUGUGGAGGAUGGCAUGCAUGAAGAUGUAGAUGAACAUGAUCAUGUUGAGCCUCAACGGCCUGUGGAACAAACUUGGUUUGUUCUAGAAUGGGAGGAUGGCGCUGGCUUUGAAAAAGAUCAAGAAUUUCUUUCCAAGGAGGCUUUGCGAGUUUUGGUCAACAGAGCUUCACAUAAGAGAUGUUUUGAGCUUGUUAAUCCUAGGACAGUAACCAGUGUGAAAGUGGAUGCCAGAAAUAAGUUUAAGUAUCUCUUUGUCGGUUUGGGCGCUAGUAUUGAAGGCUUUAGAGCAAUGAGGAAAGUUUUAGUUGUGGAUGCGAUUUUUUUUAAGAGUGUGUAUGGUGGUAUGCUACUAUUUGCCACAGCGCAGGAUCUGAAUCAUCACCAUUAUCCAACUGCAAUGGGUGUUAUUGAUAGUGAGAAAGAUGCUAGUUGGAAGUGGUUUUUUGAAACACUCAAAACUGUUAUACCUGAUGAUCAGGAAUUGGAUUUUAUGAGUGACAGACAUAAAAGCAUCAUUGGAGCAGUGAAGGAGGUGAAUCCUCAGUCUCAGCAUGGAUAUUGCAUUUGGCAUUUGUCGCAAAACGUGAAAGGGAAAGCUGGGAUUGGCUGCAAAGAUUUGUAUGCAGUGAAAUUCAGAGAAUGCGCUCACAAAUACACUGAAAGUGAGCUCCUAAGUGCGUACACUGAUUUUAGAAAAUGGUUUCCAAAGGCUGCUGAGUAUUUAUAUGAUAAUGUUGCAGUUGAUAAAUGGGUAAGGUGCUUCUUUAAAAAAGACAAGUACAACUUGGACACAAACAAUGCUUGUGAGUCUAUGAAUAGUGUCUUCAAGAAGGCAAGGAAGUAUGCCUUAUUACCGUUGAUUGAUGCAUAUGUUGAAAAAAUCUCUGAAUGGUUCAAUAGGCAUAGGAAAGACACUGCAUAUGCAUCGGACUGGAAGACAUUGAUGCCCUAUGUUGAGAACCAUUUGCAUACUCUAUGUGCAAUUGGGACGAGAUUAUUUGUCACUGAGCUUAACGCUACUCAUCUGGAAUACAGUGUGAUUGGAGAUGAUGGGAAGGGCUAUCUGGUCGAUUUGUUAAGUAAAUGUUGUAGCUGCAAGCGUUUUGAUAUAGACAAGAUUCCCUGUGUUCAGGCAAUAGCCGCUGACUUUGCAAUGAUGCGUUCGGCUGAGAGAAGAACGGAAAUCCACAUACAUGAAUUGUGCUCAAAAUAUUACCACAUUGAUACUUGGGCCCUGGCUUAUUACAGGACUAUUUAUAUGGUGUCACAUCAGUCUACAUGGAUUAUCCCUGAUUAA